AUGAGGCGCCGAGGCCAACCGUUCUGCUGCUGCGCCUUCCCGCUUGUUAAGCUGGGCGCCUACUUGAUUGCCAUCGAGACAGCAUUUGUGGCGCUGUGUAUUGGCGUGAUCGCCCUCGCCGCGCCGGUGAUUGUGGGGGGGAUGGGCGCGAUUCCCAGCUGGGGCAAGUAUGUCGUCGCAGUGAUCUGCUUCUUACUGGCCGCGUGGCAGAUCUACGGGUUCUCGACGAUCCUCGUGGACCACACGGGCCUGUACCGCCUCUACUGGAUCGUGAACCUCAUUGCCACCCUGGUCGUGCUCUGUUUCACUAUCGCCUUUACGGUGACCGCUGCAGGCAAGCAUAACAGCGCAAUCGAUGAGUGCAUGGCACGCUUUGAGGGAUCACUUGCCUAUAACGGCCUCGGCAUUCAGCAGGUGGACGACGCCCUCAAUAAUGGCCGCCACAAGUUGUGUGAUAUCUUGUCGUGGGCGGACGUUGGGCUGAUGGGCGGCCUCGUCGUCGUCGUGGGCCUGGUCCAGCUGUACAUGUGCGCGAUGCAGUCACUGUACGGCAAGCGCCAACGCGCUGCGGAAAAGGCAUCCGUGUCGCGGCCCGACCCGGAUGUAGUGCCGAUGCGACAGGGCCAUGCGUGGGACUCGCGCGGUGCGCCCAAGUACGCGCCCGUGGUGAACCAGGAUGCGGCGCCGGCUGGUCCUCUCUAUGAGACGUACACGCGGUAG